AUGUCAGCUUCUCCGUUGAUUAAAGUGGCUUGUUCAGCCUUUACAAACGGAUCAGCAUUGACAUUUAAAAAAAAGACUUCGUCUAAUUCUUAAACACAAAACUUUAUUGUCGCUAGCUCUCCCCUCAAAUCUACGGAUGAGAAUGAGUAAUCACCUUCAAAAAUUAUUAACAUCUACUCAGAUAGUGGAUUAUUUAAUGUUGGAAACUCCUAUUCAACGGUUAAAAAUGCUCCUCUUAUUGAAGAAGAGAAAACACAGAAAACCUACACUUAUAGUUAAAUGCCUCCUGAAGAAGCAGAGAAAGCUUAUUGUGAAAGAUAAAAAGUUAUUAAAGAAUAAAUAAAGAGAACAAAAAACAGUGGAAAAUUUAAACCAAAAAUGAGAAUCGAUUAAAGCAAGCCUACUUUGAAAAGUGCAUUAAAGAAAUAACAAUUAGAUUAUUCAACUGCAUAAUCUUAAUAAAUAGAUAUAUCCAGAACAUCUUAAACUUUUCGAAGAAAAUCAAUAGACUAACCUAUCCAAACUGUCCCAAAACCACAUCCAAAAGUAAGUAAAAUAAUUGAAAAUAUUAAUACGAGUAAAUAAUCUCAAGUAACUCCUGCAAGUCCAAACAUCCUUCAGCAAUCAUUCCAUUAACAAUUAUAAAGCAAAAAGCAAUAAUUGCUUAAUGAAAUUGCUUAAUUGGAUAAGGAAAUUGUAAAGGAGAAAGGGAAAAAGCAGUAAUCUCUUAUACAAUAAACUAAUAUUUCACCAAAAGCUUAGUAACUAAAAUAAAGUCCUGGUUUGAAGGAUGAUUUGAAAUCAACAUAUGAGAAGAGAUAAUAAAUGAAAAAGGUUGCGGAUAAAGAAAAAUAACGUAAAGAAAUGGAAUAAUGCACAUUCAAACCAUAAAUUAGUAGCAAUACAAGUCGAAAAUUGAACACCUCUUAAAGUUCAAAAUUCACUCCUUUAACUUCACCCAAAUAAGCAUCUGCACCUCGUCCUGUUAAAGUACCUACUAGAUCUUAAUCUUAAGAGGAAAAGUCUAUAAAGAAGGAUGGGCUACAAAAUUCAAAGGAGGAUUUAAAUUGUAAGAAAUUGUAUUAAAAUUAGAGCGACUAUAAAGAAUGA